UCUCUGGGGACCAAAAAAGAAAAUUGAGAAAAAAAAAGAAGAAUUUGUCUGCUCUUUUCUAGUGAGUAUUCUUCUCUUUUUUUGCAGCGUUCCAGGAGAGACAGGAUGCAAUAAAGCCUGGGUUGAGAGGAGACGGGGGGGAACAGGAAGGCGUGUGUCUAAUGAUAUGAGUGCCUCCACACUGCCUCGAGCCGAGGCAGCCUCAGGAGCCGUCGGCAAUCCUUACGGCAACCUCAACGGCAACGCGGUGGCCGGCGGUGGCGGUGGCGGCAGUGGGGACUGGAGCAUCGGUGGCAGCGGGCCAUGGCUGCUGGCCGUCAUGCUCUCCCUCAUCAUUCUCAUGACGGCGUGCGGCAACAUCCUCCUGAUCGCGCUGGUCUUCGCCCACCGCUCGCUGCGCUGCACCUCCAACUGCUUCCUGGUGUCCCUGUUCCUGUCCGACCUGAUGGUGGCGCUGGUGGUGAUGCCGCCGGCCAUGCUGAACGUGCUGUGCGGGGCCUGGGUGCUCUGGGUGGACUUCUGCCCCGUGUGGCUCUGCUUCGACGUCAUGUGCUGCAGCGCGUCCAUCCUCAACCUGUGCGUCAUCAGCCUGGACCGCUACCUGCUCAUCAUCUCGCCGCUGCGCUACAAGCAGCGGAUGACGCCGCCGCGCGCGCUCCUGCUGGUGGGGGGCGCCUGGGGGCUGGCCGCCCUCACUUCCUUCCUGCCCAUCCGCAUGGACUGGCACAGCCUGGGCCGCGGGGAGGGGGGCGACCCGAGCGCCGCGUCGGGACUCGGCACCGUGAACGGGAGCUACCCGGACCCGCACUACCCGCCCUCGUAUUUCCAGCGCCUGCCGUCGUCCGGCGGGGUGACGGUGCAGUGCCGGCUGCGGGUGACGCUGCCGUUCGCCCUGGUGGCCACGUGUCUCACCUUCUUCUUGCCCUCCACCGCCAUCUGCUUCACCUACUGCCGCAUCCUGCUGGCGGCGCGGAGGCAAGCCCGCCGCGUGGCGGCGCUCACGCACCCCGCCUACCCCCAGCACUCCCCGGGGGAGCCGUCGCGACCCGCUUCCCCCGGGCACGGAGGAGGCGCGGACGGGGACGACUACAGCCAGCCCGACCCGCCGGCCUCGCGCCAGGCACCGGUGAGCACCGCCUAUGGGGAGCUGUCGGUGAAUAGCGAGCGCAGGCUGGCGCACCGGCAGGGCAGGAGGGCAUUGAAGGCCAGCCUGACUCUGGGAGUCCUGCUGGGGCUUUUCUUUAGCGCCUGGCUGCCUUUUUUCAUCACCAACAUGGCCCAGGCCGUGUGCGAGUGCGUCCCCGCCACCCUCUUUGACGCCAUCACCUGGCUGGGCUACUGCAACAGCACCAUGAACCCCAUCAUCUACCCGCUGUUCAUGCGCGACUUCAAGCGCGCCCUGGGCCGCCUGCUGCCCUGCUGCUCCUCGUCCUCGUCCGGCCGCACGCCCCGCCGGCCCUCGCCGCCGCUCUCGCUCUCCCUGCGCAACUCGGGCGAGCCGCAGCUGCCCUCCGAGCCGGCCUCGCUCAGCUCCGUCGAGCGGCCGCAGCCCGAGCGCGAGCCGCCGGCCACCGCCACCGACGCCGUCAACCUGGUGGACGCCGAGCAGGCUCGCAUCGAGUUGCCCCUGCUGCUGCCCAAUCAGGUGGACGCGCUGGACUGAGGGGAGGAGAUUGGGGGGGCAGGGGAUGGAUAGAAAGCUAGUGAUGUACAGAGAGGUAAAAGGAGUAGAGGAUGGAGAGAAGAUGAGGUGACCCUAGCCCCAUGACUGACUAGGAGUAAAGUGUGUGUGUGUGUGUGUGUAUGUGUGUCUACAGUGCCUAUAGAAGAAGUCAUCAUACCCCUUUGAAAUAGUUACUUUUUUUGU